AUGCCAAAGCGACCAUCGGGUGGUGGGGCGCCUGCAAAGGCGAAGGCGGCAAAGAAAGGCAAGCCGGGCGCCUUGCAAGUUCCCCCGGAUGCUUUGCUGCUUCCUCACAUUCGGAAUGAAAAUCUGACCCAGAAGAACAAGACCUUGGACCUGUUCUUGUCUGAGAAGACCUACAGUUCGGAAGCGGACCUGGCCCAGGAAGGUACUUCUUUGUUCCUUCGGCCGUACAUGCUGCCCCAUAGAAUCGACUUUGGACUUCGUGGAACCAGCGAUGGAGAAGUGCAACAUCAGUUGUGCCAAUUGGAACUUCUCAAUGGAUUCCAGACGAAUCCGAAUACCCCUGGUGUGGAGAAGUUGGUGGCCUGCUCCGUUCAGACUUCAUGGUUGCAAAAGCCGCCAACCCAACUGACCAGCGCCGACUUGAACCACCCAGGUGCAGCAGGUCCUGGCCAAAUCUUCCUUGUGAAGGGCUACAACAGAAGCCUGUGCGCUCUCGGCAUCUUGUACGCUGCUUUUGACAAGCCGGAGUUACUUCAGGAGUUGCCCGAUCCAGUGCGGGAGUCAUUCAAGGUGGUGUAUGCAACCGCAGUUCGGUCUGACAGCAGCUACAUCGUUAGCACCAACCGCGGUGUGGCCCUUGGCAGUUUGGUCCGUCGUCGUCCAAACUGCUUCAACCUCUUGCACCAGCUUCAGUUCUUGGAACGAUCUGGAAUGUCCCAAGACAUGACCGUGAAGAGCUUGGAGGCACAUGAGUCGGUGUCAGCAUUUGCCCAAGCUUAUUCUUUGGGUGAGAAGGAAUCAGCAGCAGCAAUCAACUUGCUGAAGUUCAUCCCACAGGACGUGAAAGAAUCCCUGACUGAGCUUGUGAGGUUCGACCUUCGGCAUGCUGAUGCGGACAUCCUCCAACUCCUCGAGCAUACCGUUCCACCUGCAGAUGUGGCCAAGAUCGGAAUCUUCUUGCAACCGUUGAAACGGUACCAAGAUGAGGUGCGGGUUCAUGUGAUCAACCACAGCCACAAGCUCUCCGCACAGUUGCUGAACACGACGUUCCAGCAGACAGAGCUUCAAUGUGAAAGUGAUAUGGUCAAGUUGCGGGACUGGGCCCAGAAAUUCGAAGUCUACGCAGCCAAGCAGGCAGGGUUGGACUGGAAGCACAUCAACGAUCGCUACCACAAGGGUCGCACAUCGGUUGAGGAGUUCAUGAACAAGAAGCAUCAGGUGACACGGGUGUCAUCGCUGGUUCUGGCGCAUGCUCCACUUGUUCAGCAACAGGCCAAAAAUGGGAGCACUGGGUUGACAAUCCUGGUGGGCGACUUUACCCUGUGGCCAUCGCGAGCCCUGGCAAUCGAUGAGGCUGUGAAUUUGGCCCAGAGUGUGGCUUCGGGUAAUGCCAACACGGUCAGCCUGGCUGGAGUCUCUGGCAACCACAGCGCCAUCGCUUUCACGAAGAGCAAGGCCUUGCUUGGAUCCGUGAGCGGUGUGGAGAGGGCCCGUGUGCAAGAUCUACAGAACCCAGAUGUCGACAAGGCAUUGGCACCGCACUGGCGUGUUCAGCAAAGAGGCAUCAAGGCCACCCAGGAUAUCAUCAUGAAGAUGCUCGAAGGAAUGAAUGAAUGUGAUGGUCAAAAGGUCUUGAUCGUUGACUUGAAUCCUUCGAGAUUCUGCGAAUGGUCCCAAGCAGCAUGGGAGAUGCAGCGUGAUUACCUUCUUGGUGAAGAAGGUGGCAACAAAUGGGACAUUCAUUUCAUGGGUGUCUACCACGAUUCUGAUGGGCAUUGGAUGGAUGCCAACAAGGAUUUGAUCACCGGGAGGGCCCUGAGUCAGUGGUGGGACAAAUCUGAUGAAGCUGGUCCAGCAGCACGAAUUUCUGAGCCAUUUGCCCUGGAAUGUCCUACGCUGGAAUGCUUAGCCAUCAGUGAUGGGGGAGUCAAGGUUCCAGACAUGGUGCAGCAGAAGUUCGCCGCAACCCACCACGAGCCCCUGAAGAAAAUCGAGGAGAAGAUCAGCCAAGAUGCCAGUGUGCAGAAGGCCAUCCAAAUGACCGAGUCUGGAAGUUCCUCAGCUGGGCCAACGCAAAGCCGGACCAUGGGAAGCCCUCAGUGGGAGAAUGAGACCCCAUUGAAUUGGCGCAAAACCUUGUCGCUUGCUGGUAUCUCAGUGAACGCUGAUGGGUCGCAGACUCCCAUGUGCUAUCGCUACGUGAUCCAAGCUGCUCCCAAAAUCAAUGCCUUUAAGCCCCGGGAACUGGCCUCUACGGACGACCGACUCCAUUUGCGAGCAGCGCAGUUCGGGGCGCUUUGGUGUGGAAAGUUGCAUCAGUUGCCAAAGGCAACGCACUGCACUGUCAUAUGGGAGGCCCAAUGUUCCAAACAUAAACACAUAGAAUCAAUGAUGUUGAAUUCCAACAUUUAUUGUCUUAACAUUUUUUCCCUCAACUCCCUGCACGAUUAA